AUGCUCUCGGCUAGUAGGAGGGGACCGGCAUUCAAGCCGCAGCUGCGUGUGUGUUAUUUAUGCGGCCAGCAGUUUGGUUCGGCCUCCAUUGGCAUUCAUAUUCCGCAGUGCUACGCGAAGAAGGUGGCGCAGUGGGAAAUAGCCGAUCCGGUGACACGUGGCAAACGACCGAAACAUCCCGACACCGUGAACUGGCGUGGAGAGGGGGUGAGCAUGGAUAAACUGAAUGACGAACAGUUUCACGAGUUCACCGCUAAUCUCGUGCCUUGUCGCAAAUGUGGGCGGAAGUUCCUUCCAGAUCGUCUCGUUGUCCACUUGCGUAGCUGUAAAGGUGACAGUAAGCGCGGGUCGACAUUGAAAACCAGUGGGAAGGAUGAUGGUAGUAGUUUCAACGGAACUUUGGGUUCUGGUCCAUCGUCCACACGAAGAAGCACGCAGUCGGCACUCGGCUCACGCUCUCCGAGGAAAAGCGCCGGCCAUUCUCCCUCACUGAUGUCUGGGGGUAGGCCACAGUUGCCUAUUUGCUACCUGUGUGGCCAGCAAUUCGGAAGCAGCUCUAUAGCAAUUCAUAUACCUCAAUGUUACGGAAAAAAAUUGGCCCAAUGGGAGGCAGCAGACGUACAGACACGAGGCAAGCCGCCCAAGCAUCCGGACACCGUUAACUGGAAAGGUGAGGGGACUCAUAUGGAUGAACAUAAUGACGCCCAAUUUGCUGAGUUCGUAAGCAAUUUGGAACCCUGUCCUAAUUGCGGAAGAAAAUUUCUUGCUGACCGUCUUGUCGUUCAUCUCCGUUCAUGCAAGCCCGGCUCGAGAGCAAAACCACCACCACGUUCAUGUUCGCCAUCAACAAAGAUGCCAGUAUCGGCACGCAAAUUAGAUUUGGGCGCUUCCAGGGUUGGUCAAAAUACCGGAGUUGUAGGAAGUCGCGUUGCAAACGGCGGGAACGAGGACCAGGGUGCAGCAGGGGGUCCGGUGUCGGAAGAGGAUAUUUCCACAAAAGACGCGGGAAAAAUCAAUCCGAAGUUGAACCGACUAAAAAAAGGCGGCAAAGUGGAUCCAGAGGGACGUGCAUGCCCUCGUUGUGGCGUUGUAGAAUAUGAUAUGUCCGCAAAGUUUUGUCGCGAUUGUGGAGCUAGUCUUGUUGCCAAGAACCUUUUUGAUCCUUGUGAGCACUGUGGGGAACAAAUUCCGGAGGGUUCUAGAUUCUGUGGCACAUGUGGCGCACCAAUCAAUGGUGCAUCAGCGAUUGAGCGAAAAGCGGGGGCCGAGAAUGUAAACGCCUCGACCAUUCGGGUUGUAGCGUGCCCAGCCUGCAAGGCGGUUUGUGAUGCUGAUGGUAACUUCUGUGACAAUUGUGGUGCGGCUCUUGGUGACGAAGAGCCUGCAACUGCAGCUCCAUCAACAACGGAAGUUAUGUUCUGCAAAAAAUGCGGUGAAUCUUUUGAGGAUCAGACGGCGAGAUUCUGUGAGGAAUGUGGUGAAAUUUUGGAGAAGAUCACGGUGAGUUCCAAGGAUCAAGGACCGCGUGGACAGGUAUCCACAUUACCGCCUGAAGUCGUCACGUCGCAUGCCCCUCUCAAGGAAACUCGUGCACUUCCAGCUCUCACUGCCGUAGGAGGAACGACGGUGGCGGCGGGAAUUCCGUCACCACCAAAGUUACGGGAGGCUAGGAAUGAAAGGAAAGUAACCAUCACUAAUGAUGCUCGAGAAGUCCGAAAUAUGCCAGAAGAUAUGAAGGGACCUGGGGCACCAACACUUCCAGUGCUAUCUAAAAGUAGCACGGCACGUAAUAUUCCGGAAAUUCCUGAAGAAGAAGAAGGAAAUGACAUAGGAGAAAAAGGAGAAUGCAGUAACUGUGGUCGGACGUUUGCUCUGAAUGUAUUGUCCCGACAUGAGCGUGUGUGUACCACUCAAAAGAAGCGGAGGGUAUUCAACAUGCGAGCAAUGCGUCUCUCGGGCACAGGUGCGGAUCAAGUAGCGAAGUCGGGUAGUAGUGGUGCUUCAGCAGCAGCUGUGGCGCCAGCUCCAAAACGGGACUGGCGAGCGGAAAGUGAGGCGUUUAGACGCUCAAUGCGAGACGCACGGCAGGUGGAUAAAGUCCUCAAGUCUGGGGGCAACGUAAAAGAUCUUCCUCCCCCAACAUAUAGUGAGAACAGUCACUAUACACCCUGUCCACACUGUGGGAGGAAGUUUGCUCCGGACGUGGCGGAGCGGCACAUUCCCCGAUGUGCCACAACCAUAAAUAAGCCCAAACCACCCCCAAGGAGGCGAUAA